GGUGCGCGGCGCGGAGCUCCCCCGCGGGGUCUGAGCGGAGUAGAGGGCUGCAGUCUAGGAGGGAAGGCGCGCCCCUGGGUUCGCCCUAAGCAUGGCUGUCCGCAGGCCGCUCCGGGUGGCCUGUUCCGUGGCCUAGGCGUGAGCGGCAGGCCUGCAGCCCCCGUGUCGCCACCGCCACCAUGGCCCCACAGCAGCUGUUCCGCGCGCUCGUGUCAGCGCAGUGGGUGGCCGAGGCACUGAGGGCCCCUCGCGCGGGGCAGCCCCUGCAGCUGCUCGACGCCUCCUGGUACCUGCCCAAGCUGGGUCGCGACGCGCGACGCGAGUUCGAGGAGCGCCACAUCCCCGGCGCCGCCUUCUUUGACAUCGACCAGUGCAGCGACCGCACGUCGCCCUACGACCACAUGCUGCCCAGCGCCGCGCACUUCGCUGAGUACGCUGGCCGCCUGGGCGUGGGCGCCGCCACCCACGUCGUGAUCUACGACGCCAGCGACCAGGGCCUCUACUCGGCACCGCGCGUCUGGUGGAUGUUCCGCGCCUUCCGCCACCAGGCCGUGUCGCUGCUGGAUGGCGGCCUCCGCCACUGGCUGCGCCUGGGCCUCCCGCUGAGCUCGGGCAAAACUCGCCCCGAGCCCGCCGAGUUCCGCGCCACGCUCGACCCCGCUUUCAUCAAGACGUAUGAGGACAUCAAGGAGAACCUCGAAUCCCGACGCUUCCAGGUGGUAGACGCCCGUGCCGCGGGUCGGUUCAGGGGCACCGAGCCCGAGCCUCGAGACGGCAUCGAACCCGGCCACAUCCCCGGCACAGUGAACAUCCCCUUCACGGACUUCCUAACCAAGGAGGGCCUGGAGAAGAGCCCCGAGGAGAUCCACCGUCUGUUCCAGGACAAGAAGGUGGACUUGUCCCAGGCACUGGUGGCCACAUGUGGCUCUGGCGUCACAGCCUGCCAUGUGGCUCUGGGGGCCUACCUCUGCGGCAAACCUGACGUGGCCAUCUACGAUGGCUCCUGGGUAGAGUGGUACAUGCGCGCACAGCCAGAGGAAGUCAUCUCCGAGGGCCGGGGGAAGACCCACUGAGACUAGGCAGGACACAGGGAGCUCUGCCCAGCCUCCUUGUUGACUCUGCUCUGACCAAGUGUGUGUUUCUUCCUGCGAGCCAGGUGGCACGUUAGGGGGACAUCCCCAAGGCCAGGAGUUCCGUUGACUUGUGGGCUCCCAGUGGAGGCAGGAGAGAAGGUGGUGGUGGGCACUGGGGGAGCAGCUGCCCCACACGCCAAGUGGGGGCCCUCCCUUGUUUCACUGUUGAGGAAAUAAAAUAGCCAAGGGCUAAAUCUUUCUAA